AUGCCAGACGACAUAGCCCAGCCGGGUUCCAGCCAUGUUGAGAACAGCCCAGAUGCUAUCCCAGGAGUGCCGAGAAAUCCCAUCGAGUAUGCAGCCUUGGAGAGACAGCUUGUCCGCAAGGUCGACUGGCGACUGAUGCCAGUUCUAGUGUUGAUGAUCGUCCUGAACUACCUCGACCGCAAUGCGCUUCCCAACGCUCGCGUCCAGGGCAUCGAGACCGACCUAGGCCUCAAAGGCGAUGACUACAAUGUCGCCAUAUCGGUUCUCUUUGCCGGCUAUAUCGCUCUGCAGAUUCCCUCCAACAUGCUUCCGACCCGGGUCCGCCCCAGCAUUUACCUCCCCUUCUGCAUGGCUCUUUGGGGAAUAGUGAAGGACUUCCGCGGGUUGGUCAUAUGUCGGUUUUCCCUGGGAUUCCUCGAAGCACCGUUUUUUCCCGGAGCACUGUUUCUGUUGUCGAGCUGGUACACCCCCAAAGAGCUGGCCACCCGGACGGCGGUGCUGUAUACCGGCAGUUUGCUGUCCGGGGGCUUCGGGGGACUGGUUGGUGCAGGGGUCCAAUACGGGCUGAACAAUGUACAUGGACUUCUCUCCUGGAAGCGGCUGUUUAUCCUCAAGGGCAUCAUUACUGUCGGAGUAUCCCUGCUAUCCAUCUUUAUCUUGGUCGACUUCCCAUCGACAACGCGGGGCCUCGCGGAUCAGGAGCGGGCGAUCGCCAUCCACCGACUGCACCGACAUAGCGGCACUGUUGACGAAGCAAAAGGACCAAUCCUCCAGGGCAUCAAGAUGGCGAUCGUCGAUUACAAGGUCUGGCUCCUGACUGCCAUCAUCAUCACCAAAACCAGCGCAGGCGCCGUCACAUCGUUCAUCCCGACUCUGGUUGCAACCUUCAAAUUCAGCGCGGUUCAAUGGCUGCUCAUGGUCGCCCCGCCAUAUGUCUUUGCCGCCAUGGUCGCCCUGGCCAUCUCUAUGUCCAGCGACAAGCACUCCGAGCGUUAUUUUCACUUGGUCACACCACUGGUUGCAGGGCUAGCGGGGUAUACCAUCGCAGCGACUAGCACGGCGUUGGCACCGCGGUAUUUCUCGCUCUUCCUGAUGCUCGGAGGAGUGUACGGGAGUUACGACAUCUCCCUGGCGUGGAUGGAUUUUCUCGCGAUCCCCCGACCCCUAGAAAAACGUGCUGCCGCAUUCGCCAUCGCCAACAUGGUCGGGAACUUCGCCCAGAUCUACUCACCAUACAUGUAUAACGCCAACACCGGCCCACGAUAUCUAGCCGCGAUGGUAGCCAACUCCGUAUUCGUCUUUGCAUCCAUCUGCGUGGCCACUGUGUUGCGCUUCUGCCUUGUCUGGGAGAAUCAGAGGUUAGAGGCGGCUGAGAUGGCGGGCAGGGAAGCUGAGCCUGACUCCAAGCCGGGGGAUGUGGUCCAACGGGGCCCGGGUGGGGUGGUGAGAUUGAGGUCUGGGUUUAGAUAUACGCUAUGAUCGGUUUGCUCCGGUAGGAGGGCUUUGUAUAAGCUGUGUCUUAUUUGUUGAUAUCUUGUUGGGAGGAGAGGCUUUGCGGCUGGACCCUGCUUGUGAACUGAUGAGUCGAGGGGUUAUUACUUGCCACGGCUCGAGAUGAAAGCCUCCAGGUUGUCGCUGGUUGGUAGGUGCUUGCUUUCCAGACAGAGGAGGUUGAAGAGGAGAAGAGAGAGAGAGAGAGAGGAGAAUCCCGGCUUAAUUACCAGUGGCGAUCACCUGACCAGGCACACGCUUCACGCACUUGCAGCAAACAAAACAACCCAACAGCACGGUGCAGAAACCAACAGAAAAAGGCCUUUUUGAAAGUAC